AUGUCCGAGGAUGAUACCUCCACCAAACUGAGGGAUACUGAUAUGCCCCCGUACUACUUUGACUACUACACCUCUCUGUCACAAAAAUCAUACAAGCUUUUUGAGACCGCGGCGGGUCCUAAAUCCUCGCUGGCAGACUCGUCAAGCGGCGUGGAGCCGAAGAUCGCCUUUGAUCUUGCCGAUCGCGUGGCCAAAAUGCACGAUAUCGACAUCGCCGCCCCGAUAAGAGAUCUGUUGGAGACCAACGGAAAGGAGAUCACCGCCCUGCUUCUCUCAAAGGAGCUUGCCUUGGGCAAAUACCUUCCCAGCGACGCAAGCCUAGAGGAGCGGUUGGACGCGGCAGUCAGGGUGGGUUUGGCAAUAGUGACCGAGGGGGUUACCAUCGCGCCACUGCAGGGAAUAUCCGAUGUCAGAAUAAGGCAGAACGCAGACAACACGGACUAUCUCUCCAUAUCCAUUGCUGGGCCGAUGCGCUCGGCGGGCGGUACAGAGUCUGCCGUCACAAUGCUGAUUGCCGAUCAUGUGAGAAAGGCCGUCGGCCUGUCGACAUACAAGGCAAACUCGUUUGAUGAUGAAACCGGACGCUUUGUCGAGGAGCUUAGAAUCUAUGAACGAGAGGCCAGUAACUUUCAGUACCACGUGCUAGACGAGGACAUAGUCCGAACAAUCUCCAACCUGCCAGUUGAGCUGGAUGGGGUGGAUACGGAUCCAUAUGAGGUUGUAAACCACAAGUCGAUGCGUCGGAUUAAAACAGACCGGGUUCGGGGCGGCGCCCUGCGCGUGCUCAACGACGGCCUGAUCGGCCGUGCCAAGAAACUCCUCAAGAGGGUAGAGGUAUACGAUCUAGACGGGUGGGAAUGGCUCAAAGACCUCAAGGGCGCCGUCCAGACCGGCGACAAGCAGGAAGAUGCAGCUACAAAGCGGAUGAGCGAGGUAAUUACCGGCCGUUCCGUGUUGUCCAUGCCAAAAAAACUGGGCGGAUUCCGGCUCAGAUAUGGCCGAGCUUGCAAUACGGGCUUUGCGGCUGUGGGGUUCCACCCCAUCAUAGGGGAGAUUCUUGACCACACGAUAACCGCGGGAACCCAAAUCAAGAUCGACAUACCCGGCAAGGGCGCCACCGUGGCGUUUGUGGACUCGCUGGAGACGCCCGUUGUGCGCCUUAGGGACGGAAGCGUCGUGAGGAUCAGGGACAUCAAGCACGGGCUUGAGCUAAAGGCCGACAUAGAAAAGAUACUCCACCUGGGGGACAUCUUGAUCUCCUUUGGCGACUUUCUUGAGAACAACGCGCAGCUGGUUCCGUCGGGGUACGUAGAGGAGUUCUGGAUCGAGGAGCUGAGACACAUCAUAAAAAACACCACAAGCCCCAUACCCGCACAGUUUCUACUGCGGGAGCCUGAUCUGGCCGAGUCGUUCCAACUGGCAGAAGACUUUGGCGUUCCCCUGCACCCAAAAUUCCUCUUUUACUGGGAUCAAAUUACAGCAGAUGAGUUUGGACUGAUCUUGGAGCCUACUAGCGCGCAAGAGAACACAAUCUGCUAUGAGAUGCGUUGCAAACCCGUGCUGGAGAAGAUGGGGGUGCCGCAUACAGUCUCUGACGGGCAGGCCGUCCUAAAGGGCAGCGAGGCCGAGAUAUUCCACAGGCUGCUGUUCAGGAACACAAUCGACACAAAAUCCGGCUCUGUUCUUGAGACCAUCUCAAGACACUCUGGAAUAAGGAUUCGGGCCAAAUUCUCCACUUCCAUCGGAGCGCGCAUAGGACGGCCCGAGAAGGCUUCCCCCCGGGUAAUGAAACCACCAAUCCACACACUCUUUCCGGUGGGGCACUGGGGCGGGGCCACCAGGAAUCUCAUCAAGGCAUCAAAUAACCCGGACUUUGCCACCAGAAUCUCAGACCGUACGUGUCCUAAAUGCGACUUUCCCUCCUUGGGCAUUAGGUGCUCAAAGUGCGGCAGCAAGACGCUGCUAAGGUACACAUGCCCGUCCUGCCAUAGCAAGCUGGACACAAGGUUCUGCCAAAGGUGCAAAAAGACCGCGAGAGGUUACGUGCACAAAAAAUUUCCAUUAAAGGAGAUGCUGUUUGAUGCCCAGAAGAGGACAGGGAUCCGUGCCCAGGAACCAUUCAAAGGCGUGAUGGAGAUGAUCAACCAAGACAAGAUCUCCGAACCUCUGGAGAAGGGACUUAUCAGACAGAGCAGGAACCUGACCGUCUUCAAGGACGGAACCGUAAGAUUUGACGCAACAAACUGUCCGCUGACCCACUUCAAACCCGCUUGGAUCGGAACACCGGUCUCAAAACUCAGGGAGCUUGGAUACCUGACAGACGCCGACGGUCAGCCUCUGGAGAGCCCCGAACAGACAGUGGAGCUGCUCAUGCAAGAUGUUGUCAUACCAUACACCGCCGGACGAUACCUGACCGAGGUCUGCAGAUACGUAGACCAGGAGCUUGAGCAUUUCUACGGGGGGCAGCCAUUCUACCACGUGAAAGGAACCGACGAUCUGGUGGGUCACCUCAUAAUCGGUCUGGCUCCCCACACCUCGGUGGGAAUAGUCGGGAGGGUUAUCGGGUUCGCAAACACACAAGUCUGCUUUGCAACACCCAACUGGCACUCGGCCAAGCGGCGGGACGCGGACGGCGACGCCGACUCGAUAAUGCUCCUGCUGGACACGCUGCUUAACUUCUCCCGCAGGUUUCUCUCAGACAAGAUCGGCGGCCUGAUGGACGCCCCGCUUCUGAUACAGCCGCUGGUCUUCCCUCACGAGUCACAGUCCCAGGCGCACAACCUUGAGGUAGUGCGACGCUACCCUCUGGAGUUCUUCGAGUCCACCAUGUCCGAACCCAGGGCCGCAGACAUCUCAUCGGUUGAGAUGAUUAAAUCAAGGCUGGAUACCUCCGAACAGUUCCACGGGUAUCACUUUACCCAUCCCACUUCAUCCCUUGUCACCUCCCAGUCCCGCAGCGCCUACUCGACGCUGAACUCCAUGCUCGACAAGCUGGAUCUUCAGAUCAGAAACGCAGACAUCAUCAAUGCGGUGGACACCAACGAGAUCGUAUCAAACCUGAUCUCGACCCAUCUGAUCCCGGACAUAAUGGGCAACCUGCGUUCGUAUGCGAGGCAGAGCUUUCGUUGCACCCUGUGCAGGGCCAGCUACAGGCGGCCUCCCCUGAUCAGAAGAUGUAACUGCGGCCACCAGCUCAUUCAGACGAUCACCCGCUCAUCGGUGGAAAAGUACCUCAAGCUGGCAAAGAGAUUGGUCGAAAAAUAUCACGUAAGCCGGUAUCAAAUGAACAGAAUUCUUGUGCUGUCUGACGAGAUUGACUUGGUGUUUGGAAAGAGCCGAGGGGAUCAGGCGCUGCUGACCGAUUAUGCGUAA